UUGAUGAUACAUAUGUUCAUACCACUGGAGAAAAGACAAAUCCAAUACCGAUUGAAGAUACAGUUCGCCGUAAUGAAUUCGUUAAACAUGCAACCGAAAAAAAUUUACCACGAACAUUUAAAAAUGGUAUUCAACGUAAAAAAGUUGAAAUAGAGUUCAAAGAAGAAAUCGAAAUGCUUUAUGAUAAUUUUAUAAAUCAUAAAGUUGUACUAAAUGAUGAAUCCUUUUCUAAUGAUCAAUGGAAUGAAGAUUCCGUGAAAACUAUUAUAUUAAAUUCACUUAAUUCAGUCAUUGGAGAUUUAUUUCCUAAUGAAGUCGAAACCUCAUUCUUUGCUCUUGGUCUGGACUCUUUAUCCGCAACUAAGUUACGAACUAUUCUUCAAAAACAAUUUUCGGUUAUCAAGCUUCCUCAUGAUGUGAUUUUCGAAUAUAAUACAGUCCAAAGUCUUACACAUUAUUUGACAAAAGAAUUAUCAACUUUCAGGACUCCACAAGAUAAAAAUGUUGAAGAUGGCUAUGAAACAAAAUUACAAGCUCUUAAAAAUGAAGUGAAUUCAUAUAUUCAAAAAUAUAAUAAAAUCGAUAACUUUCCUUCUGUGGGAAACGUUAAUGGAAUUAAUGGAAACAUGAAUGAAAAAAGUGGUGAAACGAUCCUCCUAACAGGAGUUACUGGAUUCCUUGGCUCUUUUAUCCUCCGUGAUUUGUUAAAAAAUACAAAUGUGCUUAAAGUUUAUUGUUUGGUGAGAGCGUCAGAUGAAAAUCAUGGAUGGUCUCGAUUGAAAAAUUCAUUUGAACAACGUCAUUUAGAAAAUUCUUUAUUAUCUAAGGAACGUAUAAUUAUUUUACCAAGCGAUUUGGGAGAUUCGAAAUUUGGACAAACAGAAAAGAUUUAUUCAAAACUUGUACAGGAA